AGUUCCAGUCCUGACUUCCUUUGGUGAUGAUGAACAGCAAUAUGGAACCUGCAUAUUCUUGACCAAGGUGGGAGAAACAAGGAGAAAUGACAGUCACACAGCGCAGCACACUUGGACUUCCAAGCAACGAAGACAGAUCUGUACAUGUCUGUGUGCACUUGCUGUGCCUGGUACAGAGGGGACCUCUUCACUGGACUUGACUACUUCCACCGGAAAUCUCUUUUUCUCAAAGGAGCUGUGUCUUGUGUACCCACAGCCAUGGGUCAGUCUUCUUCUAAACCUGAUCCAAAGGCCCGCAGUAUGGCCUCCAGUUUUAAUGAAUUCUUCAAGAAUUUCAAGAUGGAAAGUAAAAUCAUUUCUGAGGAGACCAUCAAUUCAUUUCAGUCACAUAUGCAAGAAGGAGACAUACAGAAGGCGAUUUCUGUAAUCAACGCUGCCUUGACAGACAUUGAGAAUGCCCCCCUGAACAUUGCUGUGACAGGGGAGACGGGGGCAGGAAAGUCUACGUUCAUUAAUGCCCUUCGGGGAAUAGGACAUGAGGAGAGUGGAUCAGCUAGGAGUGGACCAGUGGAGACAACCAUGGCUAGGGAGAAAUACACCCACACUAAGUUCCCUAAUGUGACCUUCUGGGAUCUCCCUGGGGUCGGGUCAACUAAUUUCAAACCAGGAAAAUAUCUGAAGAAAGUGAAGUUCCAUGAGUAUGACUUUUUUCUUAUCAUCUCAGCCUCUCGCUUUAGAGAUAAUGAUGCCCAGCUGGCCAAAGCAAUUGGAAAAAUGAAAAAGAAGUUCUACUUUGUUCGGACAAAAAUUGACAGUGACUUGUGGAAUGAGGAGAAAUGUAGACCCAGGUCCUACAAUAGGGAACAAACCUUGGAGAAUAUUCGAAAGGACUGUGUGGAGAAGCUGCAGAAGGCCAAAGUAGCCUCCACUCAUGUCUUCUUAGUGUCCAGCGUUGAGGUAGCACAAUUUGAUUUUCCUAAACUGGAGUUCACCCUUUUGAAAGAGCUGCCAGCACACAAGCGCUACAUCUUCAUGCAGUGCCUCCCUAAUCUUACUGAGACUGCUAUUGAUUGCAGAAGAGAUGUCCUGAAACAAAAGAUCUGGCUGGAGUCACUGAAGUCUGGAGCGUUGGCCACCAUCCCCAUGAUGUCAUUCUUCAAUGAUGACAUCGAGGAGCUUGAGAAGAUCCUGAACCACUACAGGACUUGCUUUGGGCUGGAUGAUGAGUCACUGGAAAACAUAGCCAGGGAGUGGUCCAUGUCUGUGGAGGAGCUGGCGUCCACCAUGAAGUCACCCCAUUUGCUGUCAAGUGAGCCGAAUGAGUCUGUGGCUGACAAGCUGGUGAAAAUCCUGGAGAAAGUUUUUGCUGUCACUGGCGGAUUCAUAGCCACUGGCCUUUACUUUAGAAAGAGUUACUAUGUGCAAAAUUACUUUCUUGAUACAGUGACAGAGGAUGCUAAAGUUCUACUUAAGAAAAAAGUCUUGGGGGCUGGCAAGAUGGCUUAGCGGGUAAGAGCACUGACUGUUCUUCCAAAGGUCCUGAGUUCAAAUCCCAGCAACCACAUGGUGGCUCACAACCACC